UGGACCUAUAAAUGCAUACCAAAGUGUAACUUUCAUGCAAAUCAAAAUCAAAUAAUUUUGAUUUUUCCAAAUGGGUUGCAUUAAAAAUGUCUUGGUUUUACUAGCUUUGAUUUUGCAAGGCUAUGGAAAUAGUGAAGUUCUUGUGGUGGAUUAUUACAAAGAAAAAUGCCCAAAAGCAGAAGAAAUAGUGAGAAAUAAUGUUGAAUUUGCUGUUGUUAAAGAUCCUAGAAUGGCUGCCUCUUUACUUCGCUUGCAUUUUCAUGAUUGUUUUGUUUUGGGCUGUGAUGCAUCAGUUCUGCUAGACGGCUACGGAGAUAUGGUUAGUGAAAAGCAAGCAGGGCCUAACCUAAAUUCAUUACGUGGAUUUGAAGUUAUUGAUAAAAUUAAGUACGAUUUAGAAGAAGCUUGCCCACUUUCUGUCUCUUGUGCUGAUAUUUUAGCCAUUGCCGCUCGUGAUGCUGUUGCCUCUAGAGGAGGGCCAAGAUGGGAAGUAUGGCUAGGCAGAAAGGACUCAUUGAGAUCUAGUUUUGAUGGUGCCAACAACUUUAUUCCUUCUCCAAAUUCAUCUUUAGAGACUCUCAUUGCCAAUUUUAAGCAACAAGGUCUCAACAUUGGAGAUUUGAUUGCUUUAUCAGGUAGUCACACAAUGGGAAAAGCAAGAUGUUUAAGCUUUAAGCAAAGAGUAUAUGAAGUGAAAAAUCCUGAAGAAAAUUAUGACAAGUAUAAAAGAUACACUACAUUCAGAAGAAUCCUACGGUCAAUAUGCCCCAGAUCAGGGAAAGACAAUGAAUUAGCACCGCUUGAUUAUGUGACUCCAGCAAGAUUUGACAAUAAUUAUUUCAUAAACAUUCUUGAAGGAAGAGGGUUGUUAAAUUCUGAUAAUGUGUUGGUUUUUGAAGAUGAUGAAGGAGAAAUAAUUAAGCAAAUAUGGGAUUAUGCCUCUAAUCAAGAUUUAUUUUUUCAAUCAUUUGUGAAUUCUAUGGUUAAGAUGGGGAAUAUAAAUGUAAUUAUGGAUGGUGAAGGGGAAAUUAGAAGAAAUUGUAGGUUUGUCAACAAUUAGGUCAUUUUUAUUAAAAACAUGUACUCUUAAUUCCA